CACUUCCGGGGCGGGGCACGGCCAACGGAAGUACGUGACCGCCCGGGGCCAUGGCGGCGCUCGGCGUCUUCUGCUUGCUCCUCGGGGCGGUAUCCUGGCCGCUGACUUCGGCCUCGGGCGAGGAGUUCUGGCCAGGCCAGUCGGCAGCCGACAUCUUGUCGGGGGCGGCGUCCCGCAGACGGUAUCUUCUGUACGACGUCAACCCCCCGGAGGGCUUCAACCUCCGCAGGGACGUGUACAUCCGGGUCGCCUCCCUCCUGAAGACUCUGCUGAAGACUGAGGAGUGGGUGCUGGUACUGCCCCCCUGGGGCCGCCUCUACCACUGGAAGAGCCCCGACAUUCGCCAGGUCCGGAUUCCCUGGUCCGACUUUUUCGAUCUUCCAAGUCUCAGUAGGAACAUCCCCGUCAUGGAGUACGAACAGUUCAUUGCAGAGUCCGGCGGGCCCUUCAUCGACCAGGUCUAUGUCCUGCAAGGUUAUGCAGAGGGCUGGAAGGAGGGGGCCUGGGAGGAGAAGAUCGACAGCCGGCCCUGCAUCGAGCCGCCCCUUUACUCGCAGGACAAGCACGAGUAUUACAGAGGAUGGUUUUGGGGUUAUGAAGAGACGCGGGGUUUAAACGUGUCCUGUCUGUCUGUUCAGGGGUCGGCUUCCAUCAUCGCCCCUGUGCUCCUGAGAAACACGUCCGCACGGUCCGUGAUGUUAGACCGAGCCGAAAACCUCCUUCACGACCACUAUGGAGGGAAGGAGUACUGGGACACCCGGCGCAGCAUGGUGUUCGCCAAGCACCUGCGGGCCGUGGGGGACGAGUUCCGGAGCAGGUACCUGAAUUCCACGGAUGCGGCCGACAGGAUCCCCUUCGAGGAGGACUGGACCAAGAUGAAGGUCCAGCUGGGCUCUUCGCUGGGGGGCCCAUACCUGGGCGUCCACCUGAGGAGGAAGGACUUCACCUGGGGGCACAGGGAGGACGUGCCCAGCCUGGAGGGGGCCGCGAGGAGGAUCCGCAGCCUCAUGAAGACCCACCAGCUGGACAGGGUGUUCGUGGCCACGGACGCCGCCAGGAAGGAGCUGGAUGGGCUCCGGAGGCUGCUGCCCGAGAUGGUGCGGUUCGAACCCACGUGGGAGGAGCUGGAGCUCUACAAGGACGGGGGUGUCGCCAUCGUGGACCAGUGGGUCUGCGCACACGCCCGGUUUUUUAUCGGCACCUCGGUCUCCACGUUCUCUUUUCGAAUUCACGAGGAGAGAGAGAUCCUGGGGUUGGACCCCAAGACGACAUACAACCGGUUCUGUGGGGACGAGGAGAAGGCGUGCGAGCAGCCCACGCACUGGAGAAUUGCGUACUGAGCCGGCCCACGGGCGCCCCACACGCGGGCUCGCAGCCGCCCUCAGGACAGGUGUCCCAGCCG